AUGAACCGAGCCAACGACUCGACGAGCUCCAACUUGAAGCUCAUCUCGUUAGUUGUGCUCAUUGUGCAGACCACCGCACUCGUUCUCACACUUCGUUACAGUCAGACACAGGUCUCCGACGGUCCUCGUUAUCUCUCGUCCACCGCCGUCGUCUGUGCUGAAAUUAUCAAAUUGAUUACAUGCAUUUUUGUGAUUUACCGUAAUGCCGGUUAUCGAUUUUCUGGAAUGUUGGCUGAAAUGAAUCGAGAGAUUUUCGCCACUCAGCAGACCAGAUCCGACUCCUUGAAGGUAGCUGUUCCAGCUAUCAUGUACGUCAUUCAGAAUAAUUUGCUAUUCUUUGCACUCAAAAAAUUGGACGCCGCCACUUAUCAGGUCACCUACCAACUAAAAAUCCUGACAACCGCCAUCUUCUCGGUCACAAUGCUCGGCAAAUCACUUCACCGCUACAACUGGCUUGCCCUGAUUCUCCUCACCGCCGGUGUCGCCCUGGUACAGUAUCCAUCUGGAGACUCUCCGGCAAAGACGUCGUCGGUUCAUGACGCCUCCGACAACAUUCUCGGAUUGGGUGCCGUCCUCGCCGCGUGUUUCUCAUCUGGAUUCGCUGGUGUCUACUUUGAGAAAAUUCUGAAGACGUCGAAGGUUUCGUUGUGGAUUCGUAAUAUUCAGUUGGCAUUCUUCUCGGUAUUCGGAUCGCUUUUCGUGUGUUGGUUGUACGAUUGGCAAGCGAUUAGUGAUGAUGGAUUCUUGAGAGGAUAUAAUAAGAUUAUCUGGAUUGUUGUGCUUUUGCAGGCAUACGGAGGACUAGUCAUCGCUCUUGUCGUCAAAUACGCUGAUAAUAUUCUCAAAGGAUUCGCCGUCUCGCUUUCCAUCAUUCUCUCAUCGUUCACCUCGUGGCUUGUGCUCGGAGAUUUGACGAUUACGACAACCUUCGCCAUCGGCGCCACCAUCGUCAUCUUCGCCACUUUCCUCUAUGGCCACGAGCCAAAGAAGUCGCCGAUUGCUCACAACGCCUGA